GCCUGCGCAUGGAAAUAUGGGUGCUUCAGCGCCGUAUGUACAUUUAAUAGUUAUAUUCUCCCUCACGUCUGAAACCGCUGAGCAGGGUCCCUGAUUUGGAUCGGAUCGGCAUUGGAUUCGCCCCAGAUUGGCAGGGUUUGAGUGGGCUUGGCUGUGAAACAUUUCAAUCCAUGCCAAUGCCCUCAAGAUCUGAAGAAAACUCAAUGCCAAUCCGAUCCGAAUCCGACUUAUCAGGAGCCCUACCGCUGAGAGACUGGUUGCCAUGUUUGGAACGCUGUUUUAAGAGAGAUCAUAUCCCUUUGAGUUACCUUCUGACGAACACCGAGAUCUACCUGCCGACAAGGGCGAGGAUCUGGAGAGGAUCGCAUGAAGUGGCAGAACUCUUAGAUCGGGAAGCAAGGUGGAAGAAUACCGAGAGACGGCGCGUUUGGUCCCAGAUCUUCAGAGAUGCAUAUCAGAUUCUCAGUACCAACUCGACACAUUUGCGUCCCGAUAUCGGGCUGGAAAGGAAGCGAAGUAGAAUGUGCUGUUGUGGAGGGCGCUUGUUUGACGAAAGUAAUGCAAUGCAGAAAAGUACACGUAAAGUUCAUAUUCACAGGAGGUUGCAUUGUGUCAGCGGGGUAUUCGGUGAUCAGAUAGCGUGGAUGGCGUCGCGAUGUUGUAAUUCAUGACGUGAGCCAUCAGAUUGUAAUAAACGUAGGUCAGUGCGUUGGAUCGAAUGAUACAGUUAGUGCGUUUGCGUCGUCCGAACUUGAGUCAAGGAUGAA